ACUACUGCCACCGGACCUUCUUCGCUCGUACCAGUGCUCUCUGGCGUGAUAGCGGGUAACCUCGUGGAUGAGGCCCCAACACCUGCUGUUCAGCUGCCGCCUUCUUUCAAAGAUGUCCUAUGGCAAGAUGCUGUUGGUAAGCUGGGAUAAACACGAGACCGUGGUGCUGUCGCACCUGUUCCGCUACUUCUCUGGAGAGGCCUUCGUGGACGUGACGGUGUGGUGUCCCGGACGCCGCUUCAAGGCACAUCGAGUCAUACUGUCUGCCUGCAGUGCCUACCUAGAGCGCGUGCUGCUGGAGCAGCCGAGCUGCGGCGGCGAACCGGUGACGGUGGUGUUGCACGGCGUCGAGGCCGAGGACAUGCGCCGGCUGCUGGAGCUCAUGUACCGCGGCCGCACGCACGUGCCGGCCGGCGAGCUGCCGCGCUUCCUCGACACGGCGGCGGCGCUGGGCGUGCGCCUCUUGCAGUCGGCCGCGCUGCGCGUGUGCGCUGCCGCUGACGGCGGCGCCGCCGCCGCCACCGACGCCGACGCCGAGGCGACGCCAAAGCCACAGGCCGACGCCAGCCCCGCCGCCCCGCAGACACCCCCUAUCGGCGAGGCUACGCAGUCCGCGCCUCACAGCGACGACCUGCGCAUGGAGACCAAUUAUCCGUCUGAGAAAGUCAUCAACGAGACUGCCGAACUUCUGACAAUGGGAAGCACACCGAUUUGCUCGAGUGUCUCACCCGUUAGCCAGUCGCAAGACUCGUCCAUCGACGGUAACCAGGCUGAUGACGCAGCAGCCGACGGUCCGGGCGCCAGCGCCAUGCCGCCCCCGGCGCCGCCACCACUGCCGUCCGCACCGCUGCCACCGCCGCCACCACCUCCGCCCGUAUCCUCUCUGCCACCGACUGCUGACGGCCUGCGCCUUUCGCCACCAGUACUUCCCGCUCCCCUUCCACAACAGCCCUCCACGGUGGACUGGUCCCACGUGCCUCCGCCUCCGCAGACGCAUCUCCCGGGAGUGAGCUUCCCUCGCCUGCGGGAGCGCGCGGAGCCGACCUCUACGGAGCUGGGCCCAGCCGUCCAGAGGCGGGGCGACUCGGACACAGGCUGCGACUCCGGCUACUCGACACCGGCCAGUGUCGCCAAACACGACGCUCCGGCUCCGAUGGCCACCGCCCACGCCGACACUUCUCUCCAGGGUCACGUAGCGCCUGGCAGCAAGCCCCACGGCGCGGAUUGCCGCUACGACGCUAAUACGUCCGCCUCCCAAGCAGAAAAGUUUACUGGAUUGUGGGUUAAGUCGGAUGACCAAGAUGGUUCCAUUCACCAUUCGCCUCAGCCAAGAGUCCCUCCCUGGGAAACGCAACCGUAUUCGUUGCCCUUGCAACAUCAGGUACACGAACGUACGCAUACGGGAGAAAAGCCGCAUUUGUGUACCCAGUGCGGGAAGCGUUUCAGCCAGCGUCGAAAUUACCGCUACCACCUGUCGCUACACUCUGGCUCGAGAGAAUUCGAGGCAUCGUGUCCGGAGUGCGGCAAGGUUUUCAGCGACCGGGGCUACCUGAGCUCGCACAUGAAGAUCCACCGCGACCAGCGCGAGUACGCCUGCACCGAGUGCGGAAGACGAUUCAACCAGCGCGUCGCCUACAAUAUGCACAUGCGCACACACUCUGGCGAGCGGCCGCACCGCUGCAACGUCUGCGAUAAGGCCUUCUCCCGCAAGGUGCUGCUCAGCCAGCACAUGCGCACCCACACGGGAGAGAAGCCCUUCGUCUGUCAGGUGUGCGGCAAGCGGUUCUCGGACCGCAGCAACAUGGCGCUGCACGCGAGGUCGCACUCGGGCCUGCGGCCGUACCUCUGCGCGCACUGCGGCUGCAGUUUCUCCAAGAAGGACCACCUGCGCGCGCACGUCGCCUGCCACGUGGGCGCCGUCGCCGCCGACGAAGGCCAGCUCGCACUGUCCGACGAGUCGUCGCCGCCACCCGGAGCCGUCGGCCCGCCGCGCAUCACCAGCGUUAUCAUCAGCACGGCGCCAUCCGUCGUCCCUGCCACCACCGUCACCUCCCUACCGCCACUCCCACCACCACCCCUGCAGCCGCCACCACCGCCGCCGCCACUGGCGCCACCACCGCCUCUGUCGAUCUCGCUACCACCACAAAACAUCGGCGCAUCACAGUUCGCCGUCACAUAAUCGUGCCCGAGCGACCGUACAUCUGUAUGUGACGGCGGAUGUCACCUAUGCCUCGAGAGAAAUUUCGUCGAGAACUCUGUUCACUGUCCUCUCAGGCACACAUUCACUAAUGCGUAAUACGGCGCUGGAUCAAUCGUUCACCUCGCAAUGCUACGACUACGCUGGUAGCGAAAAUCGACAAAACCGAUUUAAAGACCAAAAAAAAUGUUGAGCAUUAAGAUAUAAAAUCAAAAAUAUUAGUGUACUCAGGAGCGUACUGAGCCAACAACUGGUGUCAUAGUAAUUUGCUAGAAAAGAAAGUUCACCAUUGCCAUCUUCUUCUCAUGAGAACAACAGCAAAAGUAUAUUGUGAAUGACUGUAAACUGUGUUAGUGCGGAGUGAUUUGGAGAUUUACAGGUACAUAUGGAAAUAUUAGGUAGCAAGGUGUUGAACUCUAAAGGAAUAACAUAGACUCUUCUUCGCAUACCUCAAUAAAUAGCUUUAACGUCUAAGACAACCAACACCGUCCUAUGACGUUAGAAAAAAAUGAAAGCCAAUUAAGAGCUCCGAUCAACUGCCCCUUGUCGCAGUACGUGACCAAUUACCGCCUAGUACUGAAAUGCGAGCAGUAUAUCCACUGGUUAAGAGGUAAAACUUAUGUGUCAUUUAACGAAACGAUAACGACGGCGAAAAUCAGAUAUGAAUUCACAAACCCUCAGAGGAGUGAAACUCAUAAAAUAACUGGAAAGAGGGGGAAGAAAAGCAAAAGGAAUUAUCAACACAUGAUGUAUGGACACCAAUCAGCACACACCGACUAAAGAACGCACUGGAUUCAGCAGCAAGUAUAGUAACCGAACAGUUCAGGACAUAUUCCUCACUUCAUCACUACGUAAUAUUCUUCUUUAUAUAUAAGACAUUGCUAUAUUAUCGUAUGUUUCAUAUUCCUGUAUUCGCGUAUUUUCUUUUUCAUCGAUAUUUGUAAUGUCAAUGAAACAGCGUAAACUUUUCGCAAUUCCCAGUAUCUUCAUCUGGGUCUGUGAAACAAUAUCUAUAAAGUUGGCCACAGUGGAAAUCGUACCAUUCUUUGUUGGUGUUAUAGCCACAGUAACAGUUCCUUGCUUAUUUGAAAGUGUACGGUUAUCAAGCAGAAUUAUUUGUCUCAUUGCUGUGUCACACGUUCUUGAUACUCGAAUUUGAGGAUACUGUCGUGUAUAAGUUUCACUUGGUAUCACAUGAACUACUUAAAUUAUUCAUAAUGUUUUGGGACGAGUGUAUAUGCUGAAAGUCUCAUUUAAUAGGAAAAUCGUCUUCACAUAAAGAGCUUAAAACAUAUCAACUUCUGCGAAGUUCUUCUGAUGAUUGUUAUAUUACGUUAUAAACAACAACUCUGAUUACAUGAAGACUGAGAAGGGAACAAUAAACUCCACAUCAUAUAAGAAAAAAUUAAAAUAAGUUAUUUUUAUACAAUUCGCGAAAUACGGAUCGUGCAAUGUACCUGCAACGAAAAACUGAACUUAUUGUUGUGUCACUAUUAGAAUAGAAAACGAUAUAUUAUGACCCAUAUGGUCGUUGUACGUAGCCUUCAAAGAAAAAAUCAAAUAAAAUUGUAUUGAGUU